UUAUUAGAAUGUCAGAAGUGUCAGAAACCAUUCUGAGUGUCUCUAGAUAAAAAUGCAAUUGUGAUAUAAACAAAUUGAAUGACAAAAUAUGAGAAUUACAUUAACUAGAAUUUUAUCUACUUUUCUAAUAUCUACUGUAUUAUUAAUUUUCUGGAUUGUAUUACGAGAAACAAUCAACCAAAAUACAGGAAUUGUUCGAAUAUGUAAGCGAUCUGAAGAAUUUCAGACUGAUUUACACGACUUGGCAUUCCGAACACAUUCAAUUUUAACAAAAUUUGCCUUGACACAUUUCUUAUGCUAUGGUGCUUUAUGGGGGCAAAUCAGAUUAUCAAAAACAUUACCUUGGGAAACUGAUGUUGAAAUUUGUGUUUUAAAUGAAGAAAUAACGGCUAUAGAAGAAGCUCAAAUUUACCGAGCUUUCCAGAAAAACGGCCUAAUAAUUCAAUAUAUAUCGUCUGAUGGAGUAUAUACUAUAACGGAUCCCACAUUUGAAGAAGGAAGGAUAGAGUUAUAUGUUUUUGAACUAAAUAUUAUGACACAAAUGUAUAAACGGAUUGGUUGGAAACGAAGAGUACUUCCACCAGAUUGUAAAGCAAUGAAAUCACUAGAAUGUUUUCCACCUAGAUUAAUAAUGCCACCGCUUCCAAAAAAAGAAUUUGGUGGUUAUAUAUUUCCAGUACCAAGAGAAGGUAUUGAACUACAAAAGUAUCAUUAUGAAUUAAAUUGGUGGAAAGAGGUGAAACCAACGAAUUGUUUUUAACUUAAAAAUCAACCUACUACGUAUUUAAUAUAAGAAAAGCUUUUUACAUUUUUACAAUAAUUACCUCAUAUACCAAAGUAUUAAUAUAUUUAUUGUUUUGUUUUUCAAAUUAGUUAUUAAUCCUGAAUAGUAAUUAUGUUUUCUUUAAAAAAAAUAUAUUAGCCAUCUUUUUCUAAGAUCUUUUUUCAAAAGAAUAUGUUAUACUAAAUAUUUAAAAUACAUAUUCUCAAAAAUUUUAAUGAUUCUGAACAAAAAACAAGUUGUUAAGCGUUCGCGAGGUAACUUUUUUUUCGUUAAUUGAUAUAACUUGAGUGUAUUUAAUCCAAAAUUUAUAAAGGUUAAAAAUAUUAACAGGGCAGAGCCAUGAGCAUUGACAUGUGAGAGAGUUCUAUAAACCAAAUAACCCACGGGCGAGCAAAUAUUUUAAAUAUGAAAGUAGACUAUUGCUGUAUCUCGAAAAUAAAAUUAAAGAAACGAAUUCACUCAUUGCCACUUUUUGGUACGAAAUUAAGCAGGUAAAUUUUUUUUUCCCUGUACUUACUUCGGACUCUAUUAACUAUUCGGAAUUUUGUCAGUGGUAACGCCUAUAGUUCCAGGAAGUAAUUGUCAAAAAAUGUAAAUAUUUUGAUACGUACGGGUUACGCAAUCAUUUGGAUAACAUCGCCACUACAACGGUACUAAAAAUAACUUCAAUAAUCACACCUACCUAACAUAGCUAAUAAGUAUAUGACUUACCUACGUGAAUCUGGGUGGUUUAUCAUGUUAUAUUUGAAUAAUUCCAA